AUUUAAAAAUUUCAUAUGUCAAAGAAUUGUUGUCAAAGACACUCGUUGUCAGAUAAGUGACGGUACAUCUGAAAAAUGAACGAUAGCGGCCUCAGUGCGUGUCAAUACACGUAACGAUGAAGCUCGCUGUUUUGCUACUGUUCAUCUUUGGCUUAACAGGUGGUGUGAAGGAAGAUAAAACAUUCUGGCGGAACAUCGCGCAAAAGGAGUUGGAAGAUGCUAAGUCAUACACCUGGAACCACAAUCGAGCGCACAAUGUUAUUUUGUUUAUUGGGGAUGGCAUGAGCCCCGACACUAUCACUGCCAGUAGAAUCUAUCGAGCCGGCGAAGAAAGCUAUCUCGCUUGGGAGAAAUUUCCUCAUAUUGGUUUGUUAAAGACUUAUAAUACAGACAAGCAAGCGCCUGAUUCGGCAUCAACUGCGACUGCACUGUUCAGUGGUGUAAAGACGAACUACAAUGUGCAUGGCGUUGACGCGAAUGUCAAAAUCAAUGAUUGUGAAGCGAGUUACAAUGCCGACCAUCGGCUUGACUCUAUUAUUGAUUGGGCCCAAGCUGCUGACAAAAGCACUGGAUUUGUUACGACCACGAGAGUUACACACGCGACGCCGGCACCACUUUAUGCACACGGUGCUAACAGAAAAUGGGAGUGUGAAACACCUAAAGGAUCUAUUUGCAAAGACAUAGCCCGACAAUUGGUCGAAAACGAACCUGGUAAAAAUAUUAAGGUGAUAAUGGGUGGCGGUAGGCAGAUGCUUCAAACUAGGUUUAACGUUACAAACAUAGACCCACUAGACAUAUGGGCAGGACAGCGUAAAGACGGUCGUGACCUCAUUGACUAUUGGAUCCAAGAUAAGAAAAACCGAAGUUUGUCAUACAAUGUCGUACAAAAUAAUGAACAAUUGGCUAGUGUUGAUCUCAUCAAUACAGACUACUUACUGGGUAUCUUCGCUAAUGGACACAUACCCAUGGACUACAUGAGAGAUAAGAGUGGAAAAGGACAACCAAGCCUAGAAGAGAUGACGGUUACUGCUUUAAAAAUACUUCAAAAAUCUUCUAACGGCUAUCUACUCGUGGUUGAAGGUGGUCUAAUUGAUUUUGCGCAUCAUAGAGGUCACGCAGCUCAAGCACUUCUGGAAACAGUCCGGCUUUCCGACGCCGUUAAUGCCACUCUGAGGAUGGUGAAUCCCGAAAAUACUCUAGUCAUCGUUACCAGUGAUCAUACGCACUCACUAGCCUUCAAUGGUAACAGUAAGCGUGGUAAUAGCGUUCUGGGAAUCGCCGAAUACUCGAAAAUAGACGGAAUUCCCUACACAACCCUAUCAUACAGUACUGGUGGACCAAACAACAAUGCCUACACCAUCGUGAAGAACGACAAAAAUGAAUCCUUCGCUCAGCGACUAAAUUUUGAGAAAUUGCAAUCUAACACUGAAGAUUUCACCUACAGCCAACAAGCUGCCAUUAUCACGGACGAAGCUCAUCAUGGAGGCGGCGACGUGGCUGUUUAUGCACGCGGGCCGUACGCUCACCUAUUCCACACGACCCACGAGCAAAAUUUCGUGGCCUACGUGAUCGCCUACGCCGCCAGAAUCGGUCCCUACGCCAAUCAUUCGUCGACUAGUCAGUGGAACUUUAUUUGGCUUGGCAGUCUGCUCAGCCUUAUUCGCACUUUCUACGCUUACUGACAAAUUUGAACAGGC